AUGGCACCCAUACGUCCCGCCAGCAGGAAACGCACAACCGCACGCUCUCGUGUCGCGGCGAAAGCUUCGGCAGACCCUCGAGGCAAGUAUGCGCCGCUCCCAGACUCCGAGAUGGCAUUUUCCGCCCAACCUGAAUCCACAGACGCACUCUCCAACUUGAAGGAUGACUACUUCGGCUUCGACGGCAAUGAUUUCCGCCUCAGCAAGAAAGACAAGCGAGUCAUCAAGCAUGGCAACCUUCUUGCGAAGGUGCGGGAGGGCGCGAUCGAGAAGAAGAGCAGGAAGCGGAGAAGGCCGAACAAGAAAUUGAAAACAGAUAUUGGUGGUUUGGGAGAUGCCCUGCCUGAUGUUGACGAUGGAGAGGGUGAGUGGGAAGGCAUAGAAGAUGAUGGCCAGAUGGCAGUCGAGGGCAGGAAGAAGCGGCGGAGAAAAGACGAGGGAAAGAUGGUCAUGAAGAGUCUGAAGUUGAGGCACGGCGCCAUGAAGCGAAAGAAGAAGAUGGAAGACGAUGAGAUGGAGCGGAUGCAGAGAAAUCUGGCGCUGUUGGCUCAAGGAAGAGCUGCCGAGACCAAAGUGGAUGGUGGAGAAGACGGCGCUGAGGAUGCCCAGGCGAAGAGAUGGGAAGCGUUGCGCGCGUUCAUUGGGGGCACAAUGCAGAGGGACCAGGCUUUUGCGAAGACUUGA